GCUGCUGGAAAAUGGUGCUGUUUUACUUAUCUUGGAAUUUCCAUUUUAGAUUUUUUUUUAUCCUAAAAGUAACAAGGGAGCCUAAAUUCGUUCCUCAACAUCUCCUAUCCUCAUUACUUAAACAAGCAUCCGAAACUCGUCAAACCAAAAAACUCCCACAUUUUUAGUCAAAGCGUUGCAAAUGGAAACAGAAAUCUGGAAUUUCAUCAAGAUAUGGAUAGUAGCAAUAGCAUCAGCUAGCUACGCCUACUCAAUAUCUAGAAUCUUCCAUAUCAAAAAACCCAUUUUCAGAUUAUUCUUCAUCCUUCCAAUCAUCUAUCUCUUCACUAUUCUCCCAUUUUCUCUCUCCUCCUUCCAUCUUGGAGGCCCCACUUUCUUCUACCUUGUUUGGUUAUCCAACUUUAAACUCAUCCUUUAUUCCUUUCAUUUAGGCCCUCUUUCUUCUCUUCCAAACACCUCUUUACCUCUUUUCAUUUCCGUUGCUCUUUUUCCCAUCAAAGUCAACUCCAAAUUCACCCAUAAUCGAAGUAACCCAAAUAAAUCUCUUGUUUUAUUUGGGGUCAAACUGCUUGCAUUUGCUGUUGUGAUAAAAAUAUACGACUUUCGUAAUGACUUACCAAAAUCUCUUUUAUUGGUUAAUUACUGCUGUCAUCUUUACCUUGGUGUUGAGGUAACUUUAGGAAUUACCGCGGCUUUGGUUCGGGCCGUUUCGGGCCUGGGCUUGGACCCGCAAUUUGACGAGCCUUAUUUGGCUACCUCGCUUCAGGAUUUUUGGGGCCGUAGAUGGAAUCUUAUGGUGUCGGAUAUCCUACGGUUAUCGGCUUACGAUCCGAUUCGACGUGUUGCAUUGCCAUUGGUUGGGAAAAAGUGGGCUGUAGCGAUUGGGAUGAUGGCGACUUUUACUGUGUCUGGUUUAAUGCAUGAGUUGAUUUACUUCUAUUUCACACGUGUGAUGCCGACGUGGGAGGUUACGUGGUUCUUUGUUUUACAUGGGGUGUGUACUGCGCUAGAGGUUGUGGUUAAGGAGGUGGUUGUGCAGAGGUUUCGGUUGCACCGGUUGAUAUCAGGUCCGCUCACUCUCGGGUUCAUCGCGGUCACCGCAUGGUGGCUAUUCCUGCCUCAAAUCUUAAGGAGUGGUUAUGAUGUCAAAGUAAUUAACGAGUAUCCUGUAAUGGCUAGUUUUGUUAAGGAGAAAGUGUUAAAUUUCUUUACUUAUGUGGAUAAAUUUUUGGUUGUUUAAGCAUUUUAGCUUCAAAUUUGGGUGUAAUUUUUUUUGAAAAACAAUUUUGGAUGUAAUUUUUCUUGAUCAAUUUAAUUAAGAUCACUUUACUUUAUCUUCUUAUUAUCCGGUUUAUCCCCUCCCUAUUCUAUUUAUUGUUGUGUUUAGUUAUUGUUACUUAACUAUUGUGAAACAAACUUAUUGCUGGUUUGAUUUUCUUUU